AGCAGUUAGGAGAAGUCAGACAGAUCCACGGACUCAGCAAGCUAGCACUUACUCGGGCAACAUUUACUUGAAGCUAUUAUUGCAAGAAAGACAGUCAAGAUGCCCUCUGAACUUCUGCAUCUGCCGCCUUUGUAUGCUAUUGUGGGCCUUUAUCGUUUGGCAACCGAUCCCUCUAUUAGAACUCCGGUUUUGGACAAAGUUAAGCAUGCUGCCGUACGAGGGAUUGUUGUGGGAGGUGUUUACACCGUCUUGAGCUGGAAAGCUAUGGAAUGGUUUAUACGGAAAUUCCUCAUUAGUGGAGGAUGGUGGAAGAAGGGAGAGGAAGUGUUGAAAGAUAGUGUUGACGGCUCGGUCCAAGUGGGACUUGGCAAGUUCUCACUAAAUUUGAAUGCUGUUCUUUACACCCAUCUCCUAAUUCUUUUGCCUCAACUCAGCUCGAUCCUACGUUUCUUCAUCUACAAAAACCUUAAGAUUGCUCGUUCACGAGCUUAUGCUUUGACUGUUUCUUCGAGACGCAAACCUGCAGAAUUCUGGUCUCAAGGAUAUAUUGAAGAAUGGGCUCAUCCACCCCAAAUUCAGACCGGAGAGCUCGACAAAAAUGGCCGAAGAGUGCGAAGGAAUGCAAAUUGGAUCAGCUGGAUUUUGUGGUGGCCUACUCAGUUGGUAAUGCGUAAAUACCUGCUCCUUCCUUUAUCACCCUCUCUCCCUCUCCUCUCACCUCUCGUUACCUCCGUCCUCAAGUCAUUAGCAACUGCCGAAUAUCUUCACCGACCCUAUUUUGAGAUGAAAGGUAUGUCCAAUGACGAAAUAUGGAGAUGGGUGGAGGAACGUAAAUGGGCAUACAGGGCUUUUGGGUUUGCAACUUCCCUUUUGGAGAGUGUGCCCAUCAUCGGCUUGUUCUUCUCCAUCUCUAACAGAAUCGGGGCAGCAAUGUGGGCUUUCGACCUCGAGAAGCGUCAGCAUUUGUUCGCAAACAACAUUAUUCAGCCUCUUCAACCCGACCAAGUAGGUUUCUACGGUAUGGGUCGAGUAGACGACCUCGGCGUCGAUAUCCAGGAAGCGGAGGACGAGCUCGAGAAAAAGUGGAGCCAGAAGAAACGCGCUGACGAUGAGUCGGACAAGCUGGAAAGUAUUAAGGCCUCUUCUCUGGAGCCUGCUGUUGCUGGUAGCAAGAGCGAUAUCCUUGAGCUUCAUGGAGGGGACAUUGGCUUGAAGGGGAAGGACAGGGAAACCGGCGUUUUGUAGCAUAGCGUAGGUCACAGCAUAUUCGUAACUGUAUAACGGAAAACACGAUGCAACGCCACGUUGGAUAAUAAAUGCCACA